UAUAAUUAGUUACGCAAGCAUAUGCGAUAUAAAUUCGUAGAUAUUAUUACUCUGGCCAUCGUAGGCCUACGAAAAAAAGUGACGUCGUUGUUGCUAAUGUUAGUUGCUUUUUGCGAUUGUUUGUGGGUGCCGGGUGGUGGACUCUGGACUGGCGGUGACGUUGACUCAGCUGGUCCGCAAGCAGAACGAAUGUUGAAUUUCGCAGCCGCCGAACGAAAUAAACAGCCUAUUCUGGAUGUAUUGAAAAAUUACAUCAAAGAUGGUACUCGCCUGUUGGAAAUUGCUUCCGGAUCCGGCCAACAUGUCACACAUUUCGCUCGCCACUUCACAAAUGUUACUUUUCAACCCACCGAAUAUCAUUCGUCGCUGAUAAAUAGUAUUUUAGCGUAUAAAGAUCACUUCAAUUUGCCAAACGUUUUACCAGCCAAAUAUUUAAACGUCGAAGACGAUCCAGAUAAUUGGCUGAAUGGAGACUUGGCCCCCGAGUCGGUGGAUUAUAUUUACAAUUCGAAUAUGAUUCAUAUCACCCCUUACAGCUGCACCGAAGGUUUAUUUCGCGGAUGUGGAAGAUACUUGAAAGGUGGCGGACUUGUGUUUUUGUACGGGCCAUUCGCGUACAACGGGUUAAUAACACCAUCAUCUAACGUAGAAUUUGAUAAAGGAUUGAGAUCCAGUGAUCCUUCGUACGGUCUGCGAGAUGUUAUCCGACAGCUUGUACCGGAAGCGUCAAAAUAUCGCAUACGUCUAGAAACGCAACACCAACUGCCGAGCAAUAAUCAGUUGCUCGUCUGGAAAAAAGACGAAAUGUGAGAAAAUACGCCAUCUUUACAAAUUUUGUUACAAAUAAGCAACUACAUAUAAUACUUAUGUACCUAAAUGUACACGUACUUUUAUACAAGUACCCAGCCCUAGAUUAGAAAUAAGUUUUUACUAACUGAUUUGAUUUUAUAAAACGAAUAUAAAUCUCUUUCCGGCGUUCA